AGAGGAAAGGGGAAAAUCGCGUGCUGCGGACUUUUCGCGAAAAACCAUGGCGCUCGUUCAGGCUUUGUGUGUGUUGGCGGUGCUAGGCGUCGUCACGGCCUACCCCGUGGAGUACGGCCACGGCCCAGCGCAGUCCUACGCCUCCAUCAGCAAGCCGACCUCGUCGUCCUACUCGCACGCUCCAUCCUAUUCGCACGCUCCAUCCUAUUCGCACGCUCCAUCCUAUUCGCAGACGACGUCGUACACCUCGUCGCACCCGCCUUCCUACUCGCGAGCGCCGGCGUACUCCCCUGCUCCUUCCUACUCCCCGGCCCCCUCAUACUCCCCUGCUCCCUCAUACUCCCCGGCCCCCUCCUACUCCCCCGCCCCCGCGUACGCCCCAGCGCCGACCUACUCGCACGCGCCGUCCUACUCCAAGCCGGAGCCCUACGACCACCCCAAGUACGACUUCAAGUACGGCGUCCACGACGCGCACACCGGUGACGUCAAGGACCAGUACGAGCACCGCGACGGCGACGUGGUCAAGGGCGAGUACUCGCUGCUGCAGCCCGACGGCACCAAGCGCACCGUGCACUACACCGCCGACGAGUACAACGGCUUCAACGCCGUGGUGACCGUCAGCGGCCACGCCUACCCCGAGCCCGCCAAGUACUCCGCGCCGGCGUACUCGCCGCCCGCGUACCAGGCGCCCGCCCCGCUGUACCACACGGCGCCCACCUACCACGCGCCGUCGUACUGAGCGCCCCGGGCCGAGCCGCCCUCUAGUCCAGCCCCUCCUCGUCCUCUCCAACAAAGCCCUCGCAAUAAACUGUGCCAUCGCCCCGAC